AUGCUUGGCAGGCUCCGAAUGAGUCUAGAAGAAUGCGAGAAUGCAUAUCUCAAACUAUCCGAGCAGAUUUCCCAACCACGACACUCUAGAUUCAGCAUCUUUAGAGCAACUACUUUUCUACGAGCUGACGGAAAGUUUGACGCUGCAAUUUUGGAGGAGGUCAUCAAGGAGACAUUGGCAGAGAACGACUUUCCAGAAGACGUCCUAUAA